GUGGGAGGGUACGCGCGUGCGCGUUGGAGGCUCGUCCCGCAGGAGCAGGAGGAGGUGAGACAAAAGAUCUGGAAAUGUCGAGCCACAAGGUGGGCAAGCUGGUGGCGAGGACGUGCGCCCUCUUCCUCUGUGACAUGCAGGAGAAAUUCCGUCAGAGCGUGGUGUAUUUCCCGCAGAUAGUCUCUGUGGCUGCCAGGAUGCUCGAGGGUGCCAGAGCCCUGGAAAUCCCCACCAUCGUCACGGAACAGUACCCUCAGGGACUGGGACCCACUGUUCCCGAGCUAGGAGCUCAAGACCUGAGGAAGAUCAGCAAGACCUGCUUUAGUAUGCUGUGUCCCGAGGUGGAGAGAGAGCUUGAUGCCCUGCCACGGCUACAGUCAGUCCUUCUGUGCGGCAUCGAGACGCAGGCCUGUAUAAUGAGUACAGCAUUGGACCUCCUGGAGAAAGGCCUUGAUGUCCAUGUGAUUGCAGAUGCCUGCUCCUCACGUAGCCAAGUAGACCGACUCCUGGCGUUUUCCAGAAUGCGGCAGAGUGGAGCCUUCAUCACCACAAGCGAGGCAGCUCUCCUACAGCUCCUGUCCGGUGCAAAGCACCCAAAAUUCCGGGAGGUUCAGAAAAUCAUUAUGGAACCAGCCCCUGAUAGUAAUCUCAUUGGGCUCUUCAGGGAUGGAGUGAUGCCUUUUGGAUGAGUUCUCCCCCACCCUGUCCCAUCCCUCCCUCAGCCCACAGACAAUUUCCCCGUCACUGACUCUUCUCACCCACUGAAACCCAUCCCUCAACCCAUGGACACUGUCCCCAUCAUUGAUUCACCCCCAUCACUCACUGGAUCCCUUCCCUCAGCCCACUCUCCCUUGCCACACCCACAGGAUGUGGGAUGAGACUGGAACAUGCAGGAAGCCGUGCCUGAGGCUGGGAUAAAACUUGGCUGUCCAGCAGAGAACCUGUGCCCUCCUGUCCUGCUGCAGCGACUGCGACGUCCUUUCGACGUGCUCUCCUUCUGACUGGUGAAGCAGGCCAAGCGACAUGGGAAAUAAAAUCAUUUUGUCAUGUG